CACAUCUGCUCCUGAGUUUGGGGGCAGGGGGGCUACGGCCUCAAGAACUGUCUCCAGCGAUGGGAGCCGCCAGCCUGCUGCCCAACCUCACGCUGUGCUUCCAGCUAUUGAUUCUCUGCUGUCAAACUCAGGGGGAGAAUCACCCGUCUCCUAAUUUUAACCAGUACGUGAGGGACCAGGGCGCCAUGACUGACCAGCUGAGCAGGCGGCAGAUCCGGGAGUACCAGCUGUACAGCCGGACCAGCGGCAAGCACGUGCAGGUCACCGGGCGUCGAAUCUCUGCCACCGCUGAGGACGGCAACAAGUUUGCUAAGCUCAUAGUGGAGACAGACACGUUUGGCAGCCGAGUGCGCAUCAAAGGGGCUGAGAGUGAGAAGUACAUCUGCAUGAACAAGAGAGGCAAGCUCAUCGGCAAACCCAGCGGGAAGAGCAAAGACUGCGUGUUCACGGAGAUUGUGCUGGAGAACAACUAUACCGCCUUCCAGAACGCCAGGCACGAGGGCUGGUUCAUGGCCUUCACGCGGCAGGGGCGGCCCCGCCAGGCCUCCCGCAGCCGCCAGAACCAGCGAGAAGCUCACUUCAUCAAGCGCCUCUACCAGGGCCAGCUGCCCUUCCCCAACCACGCCGAGAGGCAGAAGCAGUUCGAGUUUGUGGGCUCCGCCCCCACCCGCCGGACCAAGCGUACUCGGCGGCCCCAGCCCCUCACGUAGUCUGGGAGACAGGGGCAGCUGCCCCCAGCAGCCUUCAGGUCCCCCAUCCCUUCCUAAUCCAAAGACUGGGCAGGGGUGGGAGGAGGGGAGCCAGCUUCCCCCCUACCCUGAGGACGGGAAAAGGGCAGGACUGCCAAACCAACAGGUUGGCUGCACCGGCCAGGGGGCGGACCCUAAGAGAGGAACUGUAGAGACACCCCAACCUCGGGCACCAGCGUCCAGGUGGCUCCCUGAAACCCGGGGAAAGGUCAGUGGAUUUGGAGGCCUCCCAGACACCUGGAGGUGGCUGUCCUCGAAGUCGGCUCCUCCCGGCUGCCUGGGCCUGCCCCCAGUCCCCCAGCUCAAACUGGCCAGACAGUAGGAAGGAACUUUGGGGUUUAAGGGGGAAAAGGAGGGAGAAAAAAAUAAAAGAGGGUUGGCCAUUCCUCGCAUUCCACGACCUGGGCCUGCACCCCCACCCCCGACUCCCAGCACCAGAA